AUGCUAAUGCAGCGUGUGGAAGAGGUGGAGCCCAGCCACAUCGAAUCCACCAGGUUUCACUUCACCCAGCUGCUGCACUACUUGUACCUUCGGCCGACUCGGGAGAACGGGAACGCGCUCAUGCGCUGGAUUGAUUGUGUCCGGAGGUCUAUGGACUUUCGCCUCUCAUGGCCCAAAGAGCCACUGGCAGAUGAGAGGCUGGGGACCAUCCUCGAAGGGGUGGACCAGAUCAUCUUCCAACACAGCUCCGAGGGCCUGAUUCGGCUUCACUGGAUGAAUCCAUUGCCGACUCCUGCAUCUCGGACGGCAGCACAGGUUGCCGUGCUUUCGAAGCCCGAGCUCGUCGGACAUGAUGUUCCAGAUGCAGUCUCGCUUUUCUACCUUGGCGAGUUAAAGGAAGUUGUAGCCCGACACGCGCUUCCCUUCACCUGCGCCGCCCAGCAGGCAUAA